AUGGCCUUUCCUACUCUCAUCUUUCUCUCUCUAAUUCUCCUCCCCUCAGUACUCUCAUCGGACGGCCAAGAAACAUUCAUCAUCCACGUGGCGAAAUCUGCCAAGCCUCAUAUUUUCUCCAACCACCAUCACUGGUACUCCUCCAUAGUCCGAUCUGUUCACACCCCACGACACCCUUCAAAGAUUCUUUACACCUACAGCCGCGCCGUGCAGGGAUUCUCGGCUCGGCUCACUGCUGACCAAGCCGCCAAGAUCGCCAGUGUGCGUGGGGUUCUAUCUGUAAUACCUGACAAGCGCCAGUAUGUACAUACUACUCAAUCUCCACGCUUUCUUGGACUGGCGGAUUCUUUUGGGCUCUGGCCGAAUUCUGAUUAUGCUGAAGAUGUGAUUGUUGGUAUGCUCGAUACUGGGAUUUGGCCGGAACGUCCGAGUUUUUCCGAUGAAGGGCUCUCUCCUGUUCCGGCCAAUUGGAAAGGGACUUGUGUGGUAACUCCGGAUUUCCCAGCAACGGCUUGUAACAAGAAAAUUAUCGGCGCCCGAGCUUUUUAUUUAGGCUAUGAAGCUUCAAGAGGUACAACAAUGGAGGAAUCUAAUGAGUCGAAGUCUCCAAGGGAUACAGAAGGCCAUGGAACUCACACUGCAUCAACAGCAGCUGGAUCGAGAGUGGCGAACGCUAGCCUUUUCGGAUAUGCAAAAGGGGAAGCUAGAGGAAUGGCUAUAAAGGCUAGAAUAGCUGUGUAUAAAAUUUGCUGGACAUUCGGUUGUUACAAUUCGGAUAUAUUAGCAGCAAUGGAUCAAGCUAUUGAAGAUGGUGUUCAUGUGAUUUCGCUUUCAGUUGGUGCUAAUGGGCAUCCUCCACUGUACGAUCAUGAUUCGAUUGCCAUAGGAGCUUUCGGUGCAGCCGAACAUGGUAUUGUUGUGUCGUGCUCUUCAGGUAAUUCCGGCCCUGAUCCUUAUACUGCGGUGAAUGUUGCUCCUUGGAUUUUGACGGUCGGUGCUUCCACUCUAGACCGGGAGUUUCCGGCUGACGUGGUUCUUGGCGAUGGGAGGAUUUAUGGUGGUGUUUCGUUGUACUCCGGGUCCGGGAAGGACCUAGGAGAUGAGUUGCUGCCAUUGGUUUAUGCUGCGGACUGUGGAAGUAGAUAUUGCUAUUCAGGUAGCCUCGAUUCUGUGAAAGUCGCAGGGAAAAUUGUGAUCUGCGAUCGCGGAGGUAACGCAAGAGUUGAGAAAGGAAACGCUGUUCAUGUCGCCGGUGGGGCCGGAAUGAUAAUGGCAAAUUUAGCUGAUUCUGGUGAAGAACUUCUGGCUGAUGCACAUUUUGUCCCGGCAACUAUGGUGGGACAAAUUGCUGGUGACAAAAUCCGAGCUUAUGCGCGCUCUGAUCCAUCGCCAACUGCCACUAUUAAGUUCAGGGGGACCGUUAUCAGUCGCUCACCACCAGCACCUCGUGUUGCAUCAUUCUCGAGCCGUGGUCCGAAUUACCGGACGAAAGAGAUUCUCAAACCUGACGUAAUUGCACCCGGAGUUAACAUUCUUGCUGGAUGGACGGGGUUAAUUGGCCCGACGGAUUUAGAGACAGACAAAAGGAAGGUUGAUUUCAAUAUCAUUUCGGGCACUUCAAUGUCGUGUCCUCAUGUCAGUGGUUUAGCCGCCUUGCUGCGGAAGGCAUAUCCCAAAUGGUCGCCAGCUGCAAUCAAAUCAGCUUUAAUGACGACGGCUUACAACUUGGAUAACUCUGGUAGCAAUAUUACCGACCUUGCAACCGGAAAAGAGUCGAAUCCAUUUGUUUACGGAUCGGGUCACGUCGAUCCUAACCGAGCAUUGGAUCCCGGGUUAGUUUACGACUUAGGUUUGAGUGAUUAUCUCGGAUUCUUAUGCUCCAUUGGGUAUGAUUCAAGAAGGAUUUCUGUUUUCACUACUGCUUCAGUGGAUUGUGAUGCAAAUAGUUUGGGAACUCCUGGAAACCUGAAUUAUCCUUCAUUUUCAGUUGUUCUCAAUGGUGAAAACGGUGUGGUUAAGUACAAGAGAGUGGUUAAGAAUGUUGGGAAACAAGCGAAUGUCGUGUACGAGGUGAAAGUAAAUGCUCCACCGAAUGUGGAGGUGAGUGUUUCACCGAGUAAGUUGGUGUUCAGUGAGGAGAACGAUAAGCUAGCUUACGAGGUUAUAUUUAAGAGUGGUGUUGGAGUGGAGGAAAUUGGCAGCAGUCCAAAGGCGGCGUUUGGAUCAAUUGAGUGGACUGAUGGUGUCCACCGCGUCAGGAGCCCGAUUGCGGUGUCGUGGCAACUGAGUUCCACGGCAUCGAUGUGA